CAAGUGAAAAUGUCACUUUUCGGCUGUUUUUUCGACAAACAUUUCGUGCACGAUUUGACAAACGAAACAGUGUACGAGAUUCAGACUUUUUUCGGCACAUAACCUCAAUUUCGGCACAUAACCUCAACUGCGGCGCAAAACUUCAAACGAAGCGUUACAGCUAAAAAUGAAGCGGCAUAAAAAAGAGAGAGAAUGCAAAAAAACGCUUCAGGUGCUUGUGCUGUGCGCAGCUUUGUCUUUUGCUCGCACACACUCUUCUCCAUCCGCCCCCUCCCCUCUUCAUUUUACGUAUAUACAUCGUUGGUGGUAUUGUAGUGUGUGGGUUGAGACAUUAUGACAAUCUGUUCUCCACAGUUCUGCGCACACGGUUUUAUUUACUUGGUGUUCGUUGUCUGGAAAGAUAGGCCGGCAGAAUCAAGAUUUAAUGUUAGGUUUAUAUAGUGUCAAUUUUACUUACCGUCGAUUUGGAUCCGUCGUCCUAGCAACAUAUUGAUCAAAAACCUCGCUGCUGGACGUGGUUUGGGAUGGAUAAAACAAACGACAUAAAAUCUUCAACGAAUUCUACAAUGGUAUCCAAUAUUACAAGGGAAAACGUACAGAAGACAACCAAAUAUCCCAGCUUGGUCGAUCUUAAUGUUGUAUCGCAUCCUUGCUCCACUCGGACAAGUUCUACGGCAAUCUUUUAUUACGAUGGUGCACGUAUUUUCUCGGAGCAUAAUUACGUAGACAACGCGCGGUUCAUAGAAUUACCAACAGAAAACGAUAGUUUAACUUUGCCUGCUCCCUAUAAUCCGUUUGUCGGUCCGAAAACAUCUAAAGAACUCAAUAUUAAUUCAACGUUUUUAACAAACGACACAAGUUUAGAUGCAGCUACCAAUAAUGAUACCUCAAAAUAUGAACACCAGAUAGUCGUCAAUAAUCCUACUGCACAGAAAAAAAGAAAAAUUUCUACUCCUCUUGCGUACAAGGAACUUGAGGACUUACGCGUAAUGUUUGACGAGUUUUGUGUCUCAUUAACUGCUCAGAUUAAUGAAAAAAACGAUGAAGUCAAAGAAAAUUUCAAGGUGAUCAAUAACCGCAUGGACCAAAUUGACACCAAAAUGGAUAUCGUUUUAAAGAAUACAGCACGUUCUAGAUUCAUAUCAGAAGAACUGAUUACGAUGACUCGUCCUCGCGAAGGUUUACUUCCCAGGACGGAAUUUGAAGUGAAUCAGAUUAAUUCUGAAGAAGAAUUGAAAACCUUCGAUGUUAAACUAAAUAAUGAUUCAGAUUUCAAGCGAAAGGUAGUUAGAUGGAUGCAACUGCAAAUCACACGCAAUGAUGUGGAUAAUCGUUUACACGAUGCGAUAGAUUUAUUAUUUACAAAAACAUUCUUUGCGCAAAUGAAUUGGUCCGGUAUAAGCAAAACAUGUGAUGUAACUAAAACAGGUUUACGUAAUUAUAAGAAUAUUCUACAAUUAUUUGUAGAAAUAGGGAGCACAAAUUCAUUAACACCGGCUAUUAAUUAUGUUGCUUUAUACUUACAAAAAAAAUUAAGACAUGCUGCUGAACGUAUACAUAUUGACAAUACGAAGCGAACUUCAAGCCAUACCGCAAAACGUAAUAGUAAUAAUCAUGGAUGAUUUUAUUUUUACGUUAUGUAUUAGUAUUUUAAAUACGUUGUACGUCAUCCAAAUUGACUAAAAAUGUUUGGUUAUAAUUAUUAAAAAAUCAUAGUGAAUUUAUAACUAUAUAAGAACUGCGGAUAAAACGAAAACUUACCUUUAUUUUCAUAUGUAAUACGUUAUAUAAUAAUUUAAGACGUGAAUUAAAAUUAAAAAAAAGAGAGGUUUCACUUUA